AUGAAGCGAAUGUUGGGACUGAAACUGACAAGGACGGCGACAAGGAUACGGGUGGCAGAUACAGACACUGCUGCUGCCACAGGUAUUGCUCCUAAUACUAAUAUUGAUACAGAUAUAGAUGUAGACAGCGAUAUUGAUAGUGUGAAUGAUAGUGAUAUUAUAACUGAUAUUGGUAGUGAUUCUAAUUCUAAUAUUGAUAUUGAUAUUGAUACGCAAGCUGAUAGUGAUACUGAUGCUGUAAGUGAUAUUGAUAUGGAUACUGAUGAGAAUGAUAAUAGUAAUUGCUUUGUAAUUGAUGUUGAUGGCAUCGAUGCUGUUGCUGAUGCCGGUACAGCUGUUGCCAAGUCCGCUGCAGAUGCGGCGUUGGGCUGGUCCAUCUGUCCGCUACCAGCUAGUCGGGCAUGCCGACACAGGCCGCUGUGA